UGUUUGUUCUCCUAACUUCAUUUAUGCUCAAAAACAUGCUUAACUGACUAAUUCUAUGUAAAUUUUGCUGUAUACUACUGAAUUUGACUGAAUUAAACGAAAAAUAAGAAGACAGAGAGAGAACAAUUACUGAAGUGUUGUUAGAUUUUAAGUUAUUGGCCUUUGGAUGGAGAAUUGCUUUGAUAAGAAGAGGUAAUCACCAAGCUUGAAGAAAAUUUAAGAAGAUAAACAAGUAUAGUCUAGAUUUCUAUCUAAUAGUUGACGAAUUAUCAAUCUAUUGUACACAAUUUCGGAUUUUCAUCAUCAAUUCACCUUCCUCAAUUUGAUUAACAAAUAAGAGGAGUGAGAGGAAAGGAUCGCAGGCAAAAUCGAUUUUUAAGAUUGAAAUCUUGAAUUUGUCAUUUGAGAGAGAUUACUAAGUUACUUUUUAGUUUUUACAUCAUUAAGCUAAAAAAAACAGUUCCAGAUUUUGAGGUUGGUUGAAUACACUAUUGCUUCCUGCAUCUGAAACCCCAAAAUCGACGGUUUUUUGGUAUACUCAGCUUCUCUCUGGUUGCCUAACAAUAUAGUAUUCUUGUCAAUCAUAGGAUCACUGCUUUGAUCAUUGUUUUUAGCAAAUAGCUGCCAUGAUAGGAGGUGCGCGGGUCCGACUUAAUGGCUGGCAGCAGGCUGCAGUUGCUCUUGGUUCAGCUGUUGGUGCGUUGCUUGACCCACGAAGAGCUGAUCUUAUAGCAGCUUUGGGAGAGACAACUGGAAAGCCUGCUUUUGAAAGAGUUCUUCAGAGAAUGAAGAAUAGUCCAGAAGGCACAGCAGUUCUCCUAGAAAGACCACGAGUUAUAUCUGCAAAUGUUGGGCAUGCAUGGGACCUCCCUGAAAAUACAUUUGGGGCUGCCUAUGCCAAGUUCAUGGGAUCAAGGAAUUUUUCUCCAGAUGAUAGACCACCUGUACGGUUUAUGGACACAGAAGAGCUAGCAUAUGUGGCUAUGCGGGCCCGAGAGGUGCACGACUUCUGGCACACUCUCUUUGGUCUUCCCACAAACUUAAUGGGUGAGUCAGCUCUGAAGGUUAUAGAGUUUCAGCAAAUGCAUCUUCCAAUGUGCUUCAUGUCAGUUAUAGGAGGCUCAGCAAGGUUCAACUCAAAGCAAAGAUCGCUCUUCUUUGAGCAUUACUUUCCCUGGGCCUUACGCGCUGGAUUGAGCAGCACAGAUCUAAUGUGCAUAUAUUACGAGCGCCACUUCGACGAGGAUCUGGAUGUUGUUCGGCGAAAAUGGGGUAUCAUUCCUGCUCCUCCUGUUCCUGCUACUAAGGUUGAAACAAAGCACAGCCAAGAGUAACGGCCCACAGCAGGUUUUUGUAGUGCGUUCUGGAGUAGGAGUAUAAUAAUAUUAGGAUCUGUAGAAACUGAAGUGAGAUUGAGAUUCAUAGUUCUUGUAGACAGGCGGCAGUUUGAGAGUCCAAGAGUGUCCUUUUAUUCUACCUAAUUCAGUUUUCAGAAUUGCAAGUCAUCAUUAGCUAUUGCCACUAGAUUUCAUCAGCCUCAUAGUUGAUCACAGGCGCCAUCAUAUUGGGAAUAAUCACCAUUGUGGAUCAUCAGCCAGUUCAUGAUUUAAUAGAGCCAGUCACGAGAUUGGCCAGAAAAUCCGCCCUAUUCUAGUCCGGUCAUUGGGAGGUCACAUCUUAGGCCAAUAAUAAUUAUGUCCAAGCGCACAAGAAACGAGUGUGAGACCCACAAAAAUAGAGGCAUGCAUAGCCUGUUUGGGAGACAAAUAUAUAUGGGCAAACCUGCAUUGGCCACCUGACCGGGCUACAAGUUGAUGGAAACAAAGUUCAGAUGCUUGGAUCAACAAUAACCUUGUUUUUUGUUUUUGAUGGAAAUAGAGUUCCUUGUUAGGUACAUUAUGAUUACCAACUUGCUCAAAAAAAAAAAAGAUAUGUACAUUCAACAUUUUUUCUUUUCAACUGAGUUGAUUCAAUUAACUGUAAUUUAUUUCUGAACUUCUAACGUUAACUUAAUGAUUUAACUUUGUAAACUGUGAGCAACGAGGAUUGAUGAUGCUCACAAUGGUGAAGUACUGAAGUUAAUACUACAUUGAUGUAUAAGUAGAUCCUGAAUAAUUAUGAA